GUGAUUUUCACUUCAAACAAAAUGGCGCCGUACAGUUGUUUGACGUGACCUAUCAUCCUAUGUUAAAUCAUUUUUACUAUUGGUCAGCAGAAGUGUUUGUGUUUUUAUUUCCCUCUCUUUUAAAACAAUUAAGUACUGCUGUUACAAUAGGGAAUAUGGAUCACUGUGAUAUAAACAAGUCUGAAGACAAAGGUGUCGUGGAUGACACCCAAAAGUUGUCAAAGAAUCAACUGAAGAAGUUGAAAAGGAAGGAACGAUGGUUGGCCGUGAAGCAAGAGCGAAGGCAGCAGGAAAAGCAGAAAAGGAAACAGCGUCUUGCAGAAAGAAGAGAAAAAGGAGAGGAUAUUGGUCCCAAUAGAAAGAGAUUGAAGACAAAUACUAUGAAAAACUCCUCCUGCAAAAUCCAAGUUGUUUUGGACCUUUCUUUGGAUGAAUACAUGAAUGACAAGGAUGUGACAUCCCUGACCUGCCAGCUACGUCACUGCUACUCAGCCAACAGGAGAGCCCAGAAUCCCUUACAGAUGCACUUCUGUGGUUCGUCUGGAAAAACCAUGAAGCGGCUGGAUGAAAUUGGUGACUACAAGGGAUGGGACGUCUAUGUUGACACCCGGCCAUAUGAUGAAGCCUUCUCCAAAGACAGCCUUGUAUACUUGACUAGCGAAUCUCCAAACAUCCUCUCUGACUUGUCCGAGGAUAAAGUUUAUGUCAUCGGCGGCUUGGUGGACCACAAUAAGCACAAGGGACUGUGUCAUCAACUGGCAGAGGACAAAGGUAUUGCACACGCCCAACUGCCCAUAGGGGAUUACUUUGAGAUGACAACUCGAAAAGUUCUUGCUGUGAACCACGUGUUCUCAAUGCUUCUGAGGUUCACCGAGUUACAUGAUUGGAAAAAGGCUUUCCUGUCAGAAAUGCCACAAAGAAAGCAAGCUAGUCUAAAAGAAAAAAAUGCAGACACAGCUGAGGAGGAAAAAGAGGGGGAACUAGAAGAGGAGGAUGAAGAUGGACAGGAGGAGGAGUUUGAACAGGGAGAAGAAAGUGAUAAUGAAAAGAGGAAAGACACCACAUCUGGAACUACACCACCAGAAAGUUGUGUUGAGAGUGAAAAAAGUUUGGAGGGAAAGAAUCGAGUUACUGGCAAUAACGGGGAGGAGAGUGGUAGUUCAGGAUGCUGCUCUGGUGCAUCUGAUGAGAGAAGUUGUGGUCAGAUGCAGGAGAGUGGCACAUCAGUUGUGGUAGAGAAGGAAAAAGAUCUGAGAGGACACAAUACUGACAAAGAUGAUCAAGUGUCAGAUGCUCAAAGCACCACAGGAGCUGAAAUGCAAAGCUGACACAACACUUCUUGUUUAUUUUAUUUUUAAAUCAUCUCAUGUACCUUUCCAAAAUAGUAUGGUGGAGUCUGCUUAAACCGAUCGCGGAUAAUCCAAAAACAGCAGUAAACCGAAAGAAAAUAAAUUCCCUGAUUUUUUAUUUUUUUUCUAUUUGAGAAACCUCUCUAAAUCGAAAACCCGGCUUAACCAAAUAAAAUUUGCUAGUCCGGUAGAUUUCAGUUCAAGCAGACUCCACUGUAUCCUUGGAACACCUGCAAUGUAAUUAGUCAUUUUUGGACAUGCCGCAUUAAGAAUUAAGUUGUGAGAGAUUUUAUUGGCAGAACUUAAUACUUGUCAUUGUUGUAGAUCUGAAUCUAAAAGUUGUGUUAUAGCUUCUUUCCUUAACCCCGGAAUGGAUUUCCAAGGUUUGACAGAAUUGAUUUUUUGGGUUUAAUGAGCUAAAUGUUACUGGUUAUUUCACUUGAAGUCAGUAUUUAAAAUCUAAUAACAUAUGUCCAUGGUGAAGGAAACAGAGGCCAUGCAUGAGAUUUAGAAGAAAACUAUUCCAGAGUAUUUUUCUUGAACACAGGGCUCUACAUUGUGUACCGAUGUAAUUUGCUCUAGAAGCAAAAGGAAAGAUUGCGGUAUGUUAACCAAACUUUUAUUGAGCUGUCACGUUAUAGAACUUGUUGCUUAUAAUAUUGGAUAGGCUUGUAUGUUUUUACAAGUGCGAGCUUUAUUUUGCCUUUUCUCUUAUACAGUGGAACUCGGAUUCAACAAGGUCGCCGGGCCUGACUUAAAAUCUCGUUGAAUCCGAGUGUUCAUUACA